GUUCUCGCGCCUAGAUCAGACCCAUCUUGCCUCGCGCAUCGAUGCAGUGAUCCUCUGCCCCCGCGCCGUCCCCGUUGUUGUAGUAAAUAUAAUGGCGGCCUCGGGAGGCGGAUUAUCAUCUACUUCCACCGUUACCGGGCAUAGUUCUCAGGCACCGCCGGCCCGGGCUCGCUUCCCGGGUCGGCCCUUCUCGGUCCGCAGCAGGCUGCGCUCGGAGAAACGGGUUAGACGCGGAAGACUGAGCUUGGACUACGGAGAGCUGGUCGCAGCCGGGCCGAGGCCCAUCAACAUCGGCCUCGCGUUAAGCGAGGACCCGUCUCUGCUGCGUCUGCUGGGGGUGGCGGAGAAGCACGGUCGCCGGGGAGAUGUUGGUUUCGACUCCAGCAAUAGUGAGGAGGAGGAGGAUUUCACUGGAUUCGGGAGAUCAAGAGUAUGUCCACCCAAACCUAGAACCACUGUCUCCAAGAGACCCGUGAGGCAGACCGAGCCUCCACAAGCUUCAGGCCAGGGGCCAGAAGCAAAGUCUAUCAUAGGAGGAUUUUUUCCCAACACUCAAAAACAAGCUCCGAUUAGGAAAAUUGUACCUAAAGUUCCCAAGGAAGAGCAGGAUGUUGGGAGCACAGAUGAAGACAAAGAACUUCCAAAAGCUGCUGUUAAAGGGCAUGACAAAGGGGCUUCCUCAACCAAAACCACCAAAACUGUUAGUGACACUAAACCUCAUGAAACGGGGUCGAGCGCAUCUUACCAUGCAGAGCAGGCUCAUGGAACAGCCAGGGCAGGAGGUGUGGUGUUGGAUGACUUGAAAACAGCUGAAGGAUCUGAAAAGCUUGAAAGUGGUUUUCAAUUAGGACGCACCCGGCAAUCACCUCGAGGAGGCACCACAUCCUUUAAGUCCUUUAACACACAUCAGCGGUUGAAGAGCAUGGUUAAAGGUUUGGUUGUCUCUCCAGCGCCUGCAAACCAGAGUGGGGAAGAUGUUGGAAUGUCACCCCAAGGUAAAGAGACUGUAGUGAAGACGGUGCACAAAAGGCAUCGAGGCAGAUUUUUGUUCGGGUACAGGCACAAACCAUCAACAAAUGUUUCAGUCAACAAACGGCCGAAAAUCGGUGGGGUUAGCACACGGCAUGUUUAUUAUGGCUAUGUUCCAGAGGUGCUUCCAUCUGCGGAAAAUGCUGAACAGCAGGGUCAGAGUAUUGAGCCAUCAGCGGACGAGACAAAGCCCAGCUCAGAGCAGCCUUCCCAGACCUCCAACAAUACAACCAUAACAAGCGGACGGUCUUCCCGUAUUAUCAAAACCCCAAAGAGAUUCCUAAAUGAGGAAAUUAUUCCUUUUCCAAAGGGUUCUCUGUCAACAUGGCUGAAAACACAGCAGAAGGACGACACAAAACCCGCCCUGUCCUUUAACGAAUCAGGAUACGAUGGAUGCUCGCAGCCAGUCGACAGCUCGUUGCUUGAAUCGAAAAUGUCAUCCAAACACAGUCCAGGUGCGAGCCAUGCUGAGAUCUACAAGAACUUAAAGAAACUAACUUUAAAACUGGCAGAGAAAAAGAAAAGCCAGUCUGGCUUUCAGGAGGACGGCACCGACCAGGACGACGGUUUGACUUUCCACCACAGGAAGAGGCGCAGGUCCAAGAUCAUGAUGGGGGAGAUGGAUUCUCCUGGAGUUGUGAGAAAAGUGUCUGUGGUGGUCAAGUCAGGCAUGGAAAGUCCAGCAGAAGACAGAGGGACUAACGAUAAAGAUGAAACAGCAGUUGUAACAGGGUUCCCUAGUUGUGAGCUUUCGGAAGCGGACGGUCCCAGCCAUCGGAUUGGUCUCAGUGGAGCUAAUAAGAGGAUGCUGCACCUGCUGAAGAAAGCCAAAGUCCAGCUCAUAAAGAUAGAUCAACAGAAGCAGCUAAAAAUGUCACAGUUGAGUUCAAGGGAAUCCCAGGUGCCAGUUUGUGGAAGGCGGAGGAAAAAGAGGAGGAGAGCCGGCCUUUCUCCCAAAGAGUAUGGUCCUCAGGAGCAGCCGCUUGGAGGUCCAAGAAUCAAGCAUGUGUGCCGCGCAGCAGCUGUGGCAUUGGGACAACCUCGUGCUUUGGUGCCUGACGAUAUCCCCAGACUCAGUGCUCUGCCACUUCAUGAGAGGGAGGGCAUCACCUUCUCCCCUGCAGCAGAAGAUGUGGCUGAUGAUGAUGACGAUGAUGAUGAUGACAUCUCUGAUCAGGGCAGGGCUCAGUGGGCUGUCUCUCAGGAAAGUAUCCAACGCAAGGGGCGGAAAAAGGGCCACAAGUUUCAAAGGAGGAGGUUACUGAGUCAGUAUGUCAGUGGAGGAAUCCGUUCGAGACGCUGUGGAAUCUGCAAAGGCUGCUCCGUCGAGGACGAUUGCGGGAAGUGCAUGAACUGCUUGGAUAAGCCCAAGUUUGGAGGGCCCAACACCAAGAAACAGUGCUGCAUAUACAGGAAGUGUGAUCGGAUUGCGAAGGGAAAAAAUGACCGCACCUUUAAACCAUUUAAAAUCCAGUCGCGGCAUCUUUUAGCCUCAGGAUCCAGCAGUGAUUUGACCUGCAGCGUCGGAGAUAUAGGGGAGGAAUCAUCCUUGAUUACGUGUGGAAUCAGGAAGCAGUCACUGCGUAAAACUAAGCCACGCUCAUACAGGAGAUUGCUCAAAUCUGAUUCCGAAGAGGAGGAGGAAGAAACAGAAAAUGAAAAGCCAGGCAAUCCAAACACUGCUGGUGCUUCACGUCAAGGCUUUUCAUCGCAAGAUGGCAUUUUACUGACAGACGACCAGCUCGUUGAUCCAAUGAAGAAUCGCCGGGCUCUAGCCAAAAGUACAGGCAGCAGACUGAGACUGUACAAGGCACAGGAGAAUGCAGAAGAGACGCAGCACAGAGAAACUUACCCAGAAUCGAGAUGGAGGGGGAGCCCAGUGGCAAAGCUGCAGAAGCAGCUGCAGAUACACUUGUACCGCCUGCCUUCGUACAUCCUGAAGACUGGCUCUCAGUCUUUGCCGUGGCAGAUGCCUCAGUUUGUGGAUCAGUCCCUGACUUUAACAAAGCCUCCUGUUUCACAGCCAUCGUGUAACAUCACAAACUCUCCACCAGAAGUGCUGCAACUUGAAAUGCACCAUGCUUCUCGAUUGUCAUCACCUCCCAUUGCAGACUCUCCACUGUUAGGUUUGCCUUUGCCUGAGGUGAAGCCAAUUUCUGAUUUUCUCAGUCCUGCACCACCAUCAACUCCACAUCACCCAACAUCUGCUUCGUGGUCAUCUAUGGCCGAGGUUUUUUCACAGAAGUAUUACCAGGAUUGCAAGUCUUCAGUGAAGCGUCCAGUAUGCUCAGCUAAUGCACAUAAAACUGAGUUAAGGAAGCAACAGAAGCAGAAGGAUACGAACGGGGUGCCGUACGAAGAGGACGAGGCGACGUCUUCUAUAACAGAGACUGGGCUGCAAAGCUGUCCAACAACUGAUCCACAAUAUGUGCUUCAUUCUCAGAAUCCUCCUGAAUGUGGAUCAGUGAACAACCUGACAGGGUUAACUAACGGCUUUCCCCAAAAGGGCCUGUUGCAACACAAGCACAAGAUCCGUGUAGACUUUAAGGAGGACUGUGCUGUCCAUAAUGUGUGGCUAAUGGGCGGCCUAAGCGUUCUCACCUCAGUCCCAACCACACCUCUGCCUGUCUGCUUGCUUUGUGCCAGUAAAGGAAAGCAUGAGAUGAUAUUUUGCCAGAUCUGCUGUGAGCCUUUCCACAAUUUCUGCCUCACACCUGAUGAGCGCCCUAAGGAGGAGUCUAAGGAGAACUGGUGCUGCAGGCGCUGCAAAUUCUGUCACGUGUGCGGCCGUAGAAGCAAGAAGUCAAAGCCUGUCUUGCAGUGCAAGGUAUGUCAGACAUGUUACCAUCCCUCCUGCUUGGGACCAACCUACCCGAAGCCAAUGAACUCCAAAAUGGCCUGGAUGUGUAUGACAUGUAUUCGAUGUAAGAGCUGUGGAGUGACUCCUGGGAAGACCUGGGACAUGGCCUGGAACCACGAACUUGACCUCUGUCCUGAUUGCACCAGCCUCAAUGAGAAAGGGAAUUUUUGCACUGUCUGUCAUAAGUGCUAUGAAGAUGGUAACCAAAGCUCUAAAAUGAUCCGAUGUUCAGAGUGCAGACACUGGAUUCACUAUGAAUGUGAAGGACUCUCAGAUGAGCUUUUUGGGCUUAUGCUAAGUCCGCCAGACAAAGUACACUUCAUGUGCUCAGCCUGCAGACAGAACCCCACUGAACAAGGCAGCUUGAAGGAGGUGCUGCAGAGCAGGCUGCUAUCCGGGCUGGAGGAGGUGCUCGCUGACCUCCUCUCAUCCGGUAGCACUCAGCACCUUCUCCUCUGUAAGGAGUGUCAGGGGUCAAAUGGGACUCCGUCUGUCAGGGCGCAGCAACAAGUCUGUGAUCUGCGAGCUGUGGAGGAGAAGUUUAAACAGGGCAGUUACACAUCAAUAAAAGCCUUUCAUCUGGAUAUUACAUCUGUGAUGAAAAGGUGGAUGACAGAAGAGGAACUCCUUCCUGAGGAUCAGAGGCCAACAAAUCAAUCCAAAGCACGCUACGUUCAAGUUAUGAAACAGGUUUUCAGCAGAUUUUCCGGGAGCCACCUAAAGAAGUGGAGCUCAUGGUCUGAACAGAUGCCAAGUGGCAUGCUCCCUGAGGCUGUCCUUCCUCCUUCGAUGGAGCACAGCUAUGCUCAGUGGAUGGAGAGAGAAUUCCACAGCAGGGGACCAAAGGACCUGAAAACUCAGACCAGCUCCAAGCCAUCUUCUAUACCUGUACUGGAGGCUCGAGCUACAAUCAGUGUCUCAGAUUGUUCGCAAGACACUGCUAAGAUGAAAGACCUAAGGCAGUGUGCUCUGUGUCAGCAAUAUGGAGAUGCUGCUCCUAGUGAUGCAGGGCGGCUGCUGUACUUGGGGCAGAAUGAGUGGGCCCAUAUUAACUGCUGCCUGUGGUCUGCAGAGGUUUAUGAACAGAAUAGCGCUCUUCUACAAGUGCACAGUGCUGUCUCAAGAGGGCGCCACUUGCGCUGUGAUCGAUGUGGUCAGUGUGGAGCCACGGUGGGCUGCUGUCUGGCCACCUGCCUGAGUAAUUACCACUUUAUGUGCGCUCGUGCAGACAAGUGUGUGUUCCAGCAGGACAGGAAGGUCUACUGCCACAAACACAGGGAUCUCAUGAGCUCAAAGAUGGUUUCUGGGAAAGGUUUUGAGGUCCCUCGCCGGGUUUAUGUGGACUUUGACGGGAUCAACCUCAGAAGAAAAUUUCUAACAGGCCUUGAGCCAGAAACCAUAAACAUGACAAUAGGCUCUCUCCAGAUUCAAAAACUGGGUGUGUUGUCUGAGCUGUCUUCAAAUGGGAGGAUGCUUUAUCCUGUUGGUUAUCAAUGCUCUCGGUUGUAUUGGAGUACUGUGGACCCUCGCAGGCACUGUAGGUACACCUGUAAGGUGACAGAAGUGAGCACACCUCUUCCUGGUGAAGAGCAAGAUCUCAGGUCGGACAGAGAGAAGAACCACACCAUAGUCCAUAGUCCCAGUCGCCACAGAGACAUGGAGUCCCCAGACCGCAGCAGCCCCCCUUCCAGCCCAGUAAAGUCCACCACCCCAUCUCCCAACUCGAAGACGCUCAAUACAUCAUGCCCUAAGAGUCCUGGUUACUCACAGACCAGGAAACCAGCAGGAGGAUCAUCACGUCCCCUCCCUUCUCCAGGGUCUGCUCCUCAUAAGUCUCAUCACAUCCUCACUCUGAGGGACCUUGAUGACACCAGGCGGCCUCGCAGGCUCUCAUCAAGAAGCCGCUGCAGCUCCUCGCCAACAGAAACCAACCCAGGUGGAACAAUGAGCCACCGUCCUGGAGGCUGCACUGGACCUAGAGGCACUAGGUUUAGCUCCCCUCCAAGAUCCACCACCUUAGGAUCAGCUUCUCCUCCUCUUUCUCAACAAAACCCAACUUCUGCAGCCUGGAACUCCAGUUCGAGAUCCGCUUCCAGCAUUUCUGGGGGUUUAUCGCCUGGAGAAGGUGGAGUCACCAACUCUCCCAGAGGGGCGCAAAACUUUAAAAUCACAACGCCAGUGACUGCAGAGGUCCCACAAGACUUCCUGGCAUCAUCUGAGGCAGAGGAUGCUGCUGUGGCCACAACGAAUGGGAUCUCCCUUGCCCCUGAUAACCUGGAGGAGGAAGUAGCUCGGCUCAUGUCUCAGGAGCUGCCGUAUACCAUGUUUGACGCUGACGCAGAUGUGGUUUCAGUUCUGGGCACAAAGCUGGAGUUUGACGAGGCCCUUCUUGCUGAGAAUGUGGAUCUGGGCAAUAGUCAAACGGAGGGCGGGACACAAGAUGUGGAAAUGCGAGAAGACAAUCAAGAGAAUAGCUCUGAGGAUGAAGACUCAGGCCAUUACUCCAAGAUUUCACGUACAGUCGUGUGUAACACAGGAAGCGGCUCUGACUCCUCAAGUCAGCCUGCAUCAACACAGUCGAUCUCCCAGUUAGACGGUGCAGACAGCGGGUCAGAGGCAGAGGAAAGUGAGGACAAAGUUGAAACUCAUGCCGUUCAGGGAACACCUACAAAACAUCUAACAAUUGCUCUGCGGAGGCUGGAAUCCAUCUUUAAUCUGCCAAAGUCAAACACUGAGAACCAAACAUCCAAACCGGACGAUCUGGAAAGUUCUUCCUCACCUGUUUUCCUGGAGUCCAAUUCAAUGACGGACGACCUGUCCUUGCAGGAAGAGGAGGUCCCAUUGACCUCAGAGACCCCAACAUCUCAGAGAGACUUGAUAUUGGAUCCAUCAUCAGGUCAUUUUGUUUCAGCCAAAGAUGGCAGGACAGUUAACUCAAGCCAGAGUGCAGCUCCCGACAAAGAGGACAGUUCCUCCAAUGACUCCAGUGAUGUGUUUAAAGACGAUUUAAAUGAUCCAGAUUUUUCCCCUGAAUCUGAAUCCAAAAAAUCUCCUACAUUGCAGAAGAAAACCAUCAUUGUAAAGAGGAAACUGUGUGCAACAGGCCCCUCUAUGCCUCUGCUACCUAAACAGUAUCUCCAGCUGAACCCAAACAUCACCCUCAUAGCACCUCAGCUCCGGCAGACUAUCGGUAUCGGCUCGGCCUCUUCUCCUUCUUUCCAUGCAGUUCCACAUUCAGUCUCCUCCCCGAUCAUCAUAAAUGGCUUAAACACGAUACCCAUUCAGCCUGCGCCUAAUCCAGCCAGACCCAUCGUGAUCCGCUUGGACAGCUCGAGAUUGGAGGCUCCCAAGCAGGCUGUGGGGAGUCAGAACCAGUCUGGGACAGUGAACCCACCCGCCCAACAGACCCCUGUCCGCCAUGUCUUGCUUGUCAACCGACAGGGUCAUAUUCUCGUCAAAGACCCCAAGUCCAACACUUUCCAAAACCUUGAUGGAAACUCACCUGCGUAUAAUAAAAUAAACCAAAUCGCUAAAAUCCUCCACAGUAGAACCAGUCCAAACCAGUCUGUUCCACAAGUUGUCUUAAAGCCAACCCCCAGCUCCUCCAAUUCGAAAAACAUCACUCUUCUCCCCAACCACAUAAUGCCAGAGAAAAAAGUCAUUGUCAAAGUGUUGCCAGUGAAACCGGCCGCGGCUCCAGCUCCUUCGAUCCCAGUUGGCAUCCAGACUUUUACACAAGCUAGUUUCACCAAGUUCGAAGACUGCACCACCCAGGCCAUCCUCAAUAGAGUGACAGCCACCGAAAUGGAGACGCAGCGGCAGGCGCCGACUAUUCUCAACAACGUUCUCAGGCAGAAGGCCAGGAAGCAACAACCAGCACCAAUCCCUGACAUGGAGGAUUCAGAUCAGUCGCCGGCGGGGCGUUCAGAGUCCCACAGUAUUUUCCAGAAUCAACUAGCGUCCCAGCAGGUCAGAGUGAAGAGGGCAUCUUCACUUCCAGAAAGACAGUCCAAGAAGAAAUCAAAGAUAGACUUUUUAAAGGAUCCAUCUAGUGAAUCAGAGGACAUUAAGGAAGCAAGGGAUAAAGUGAGUAAUCCUGAGCGAAUAAAGAUCGCCGUUCCGCCACCUCCUACACAUAAUUUUAGGCAUCCUCAGGCUGAGUGUCCGGCUCCAUCACGGAGCAGCGUUCCCUCACAGUGUAAAACUCACAUGUGGAUCAGCUCCCGGCAUGGAGAGCUCUCUGAUUGGGCUCCGUAUGCAGGUUUUAGCUCUGAAGAUGAUGCCCCUGCACUAAAAUACAGGAAGAAGACUUGCAUGAAUCAGCCUCACUUACGCUUUGAAAUCACCAGUGAUGACGGCUUCAGCGUUAAGGCCAACAGCAUAGAAGUGGCGUGGCGUGCUGUGAUUGACAGCGUCCUUGACGCUCGAGCUGAUUUCCACCUGAAGCAGCUUCCUUUGGGUGUGAUGAGUGGCCAGCGGGUCCUCGGAGUUGUCCACGACGCUGUCAUCUUCCUGUUGGAGCAGCUGGAGGGCGCAGCCAGCUGCAAGCGACACCGUUUCCGCUUCCACCGCUGCGAAGACGCUGAGGAGGAGCUGCCUCUCAACCCGAGCGGCUGCGCUCGAGCUGAAGUUUACACAAGGAAAGCAACAUUUGAUAUGUUCAACUUCCUGGCAUCCCAACACAGACCGCUCCCUGAGUUAGUAGGCCCAUUUGAUGAAGAUGAUGAUGAGUUCCCGCUAAAAGCCUCCAGACGAGCCACCAGCAGUGAACUACCCAUGGCAAUGAGGUUCAGGCACUUGGAAAAAAUCUCUAAAGAAGCAGUAGGCGUCUACAGAUCUGCGAUUCAUGGCCGCGGCCUUUUCUGCAAGAGGAACAUCGACGCUGGGGAGAUGGUGAUCGAGUAUGCAGGCACAGUCAUUCGGGCUGUUCUGACGGAUAAACGGGAGAAAUAUUACGACAGUAAGGGCAUUGGCUGCUACAUGUUCCGCAUUGAUGACUUUGAUGUGGUCGAUGCGACGAUGCAAGGCAACGCAGCCCGCUUCAUCAACCACUCCUGCGAGCCGAACUGCUACUCUCGCGUCAUCAACGUGGACGGACGCAAACACAUCGUCAUCUUCGCCCUGAGGAAGAUCUACCGGGGCGAAGAGCUCACCUAUGACUACAAGUUCCCCAUCGAGGAUGACAAAAACAAGCUGCACUGCAACUGCGGCGCCAGGCGGUGCCGCCGCUACCUUAACUAGACAUCCUGGUCACAACCAUCGGCUUUUGAGUACAGAAAAAAGCCAUCUUUUUAUAUGUAUAUAUGGAAAGAGCUUGAUUUAAAAACAAAUCUUCUCAUGACUGUCCUCAAAUCCUUGGUUAGUUUCCUGAGUGCAGACGUGUGUAGCGUUCCUUUGGAUUUAAAGUAGGCUUACCCUUUUCCCGCUGCACUCUCUCAAGGUGUCCUUUGUUUGUGACUUCUGCUGAAUUUGAGUCUAGACAGAUAAUUACCAAAACACCCACGUAUGGAGCUCACCAGCAGACCCCGGUGGCAGUUAUUAGAGUAAAGGAGGCCCGUCGUUAUGCUGCUGGAAGAGCGUGCCUGCAAAUACAGGAUCAAAAAGAGGGGAAUGAGGAGAAUUUAUUCAGCACCUUACUUUGACACAACCUCCUCUGGCAGCGCGGCAGCAGCAGACUGGACACGUUUCCUUUUCCAGACAGAGUAAACAAAUUACACCCAUUGCACCUUGUGUAUAUUGUAGAGCAGCUACAUUUGAACUCAUCUCCGGUCAGCAGGGAAUUCACUGUUUUAGAUCCUGAUGUUAUUUAUCCCCCCAAAAAGUCUGUUUUAAUAGUCCUUUUCCAUCUGCUGUCAGUUCCGUUUUGCCAUUUUUAUUUGUGAUGGAAGAAAAGUUUUUAUCCAGCUGAUAUUCUCUUCUUUAUUUGUUGUUUUUUUGUGUAUUGUGACUAAUGAGGGAUAGUUCUCUUGUUGCAGGAUUUGCUUCUGCCAUGCAGUCGUUUUUCUAAAUCUUUUUGUAUAUUUGAACAAUAAAUGUCUAUUGAAACCAAUCGGAAGCAGCGUGUUUGAGCUUUUAAACAGCUGAAGGUUAAACUGAGACGAAGCUUUCCUGGUUUCUUCGUCCUCACAUCUCUCAGGUUUUCCUCAUCUAAGUUUUCAUUUUUCAUAUAGUAACAUUGUAUUUAAUUAAACACCACUUUGUUGUUAAAUCUUUCUAAUUCUAGAGGAAUGCGUGUGAGUACUAAUAAGCAUAAACUACUGUACUAAACACAAGUCCACGCAUUGGGAAACCACAUGAAGUCACUGGCUGUAUAUUUUUUGUCUUCGUUUGAAAUCCUAAUCGAAUUUCAGUUGCAAAUCCAUAAUACAGAGGGACUGUUAAUGUAAAACUUGUAUAAAGAAUUUCUAAACCUGUUACAUAUUUUUUUACUUUUUUUUUUAUUUAUGUUGAAUAAAAUUUCUCAAAGUUUCA